GUGGGCCAAAGCCGGUGGCUGUGAAGCCAACUGCACAACACGGUGGUAAACUUUCUCUUCACAUUUUUUUGAGCAGACCUAGCGGGCUUCAUGGGUAACAGCAACAGUUUCUCAGGGCUUGACCAAGCCGUUUACAAGGUGUUCAAGAAGGCCAGGAGAAUUCAUCACAACAAGACAACUGGGACAUGUCAGAAAGGUAAGACAAAACCAGCAGGCAUAUCGUGUGCUGUUGCCGUGUGUCUUGCAAAUUAUCUAAAGGCUUAACAGCUUUAGUUACACCCUCCAAAAGCUAAUGGCCAAACUAGCAAACUUUUAGGUAAAGCUCCAUCAAACUUUGAAUCCCAAAAUAUUUUGAAUUAUAGCUCUAUUUAUAUAACAUAGCUGUAUUUGCUCAAGUGGUAUACAAUGGUGUAACUGUGUGAACAGAGUCAGUUAUAUUAGUUCCAGCACCUGGUAGCCUAUGCCCCUGCAGACUGCAACCAUUUGAAGGCACAUGCUCAGGUGUCCAGUGCUGCCAUGGCAACAGGUGCUCAUCUGCAUUGUCAGGCCUAGUUAACCGUAACUCAAACCACCCGGCUGGUGGUCAGAGUUUUAGCACUUACACUCAGGGCCGAAAUUACGAAACAGACUGCUCAGAUCAGGAAUGACACAUCAUGUUGAAUUUCCUUCCUUUUUUUUUCUUACACUGCUCCACCCUUAUUUUUUCUUUCUCAGCUCAUCGGGUGUGAACACUCUAAGUGGCAGUUUUCCCAAAUCCCACUCCUCCCAUUGCUCUGACCCCAGGGUUACACGCUCACCACUCUCUGUGGACCAGAGUUCUGAUUCUGGGCUCGUAUCUACACCUGUGAGUAGAGCACACACUCAAUAAAACAGAAAUUGUUAAUUGCCGCUGUUUCCAUCCUCUACAAAACAGAGCUUCAGCUUCAGAUCCCCCUAUUCCACCCUUUUUUCCUCUCUUCUGUAUCACUUUUAGAGCUGAACAACAUCUCCAGUCUCUUCUCUUCACUCUCUUUUUACCAUUCGGCCACUGGUUACUGACCUAGUGCUGUGCUGAGCGAUUUUACACCCACGUACUUAUUUGAAUCAAGAAAGAAAGAGGAAUCCUUUCCAACAAUUUCCUUCCUGUGCUUUAUGCAGAGGUUUUCAUAAAACAUAUAACUCACUCAUGAAUCUGUGUGUUGCAAAAAUAGCAACUGUGAAGAGCGAAGUAGAAAUAUCCCCGGCUUCAUUUUUAGUAGUUAUAACUGCCUGUGUACUAGACUUGACCCAACGCAUCUUGUUAAAUAAAUCAUUUCUAAAAGGACUGGGGCUGUUUUGUGAGUGUCCAGUCAGUGAGGAACAGUGGUCAGGUUGAGCAGGGUCACUCCCACUGUGUGUCUAGAGUAACAGAGAGGGUAUUAGAUUACACAGGCAAAGUUAGGGUGAAUGAGAUGAGAGUGAGGGGGUUGAAAAGGUCAAGCAGGGAGAGGCAUUUAGUUGGGCAUUACAAACCUCUACGACGAGAAAGACAGCAAACAGAGAAGCGAACAGACAGCUGUAAUGUUUCAUUGCGUGCUACAUUAGCAGUCUUGUUAAUAAACUAUGAAGUCUCUGAAAUAUCCAUCUGCUGGAGGGAUUUGCUGAGACAGAAGUAGCACAGACAAAAAUGGAAAAAUAAAAUGUUUGGAUGUGAAACAUGACAAGCUGACGGUACUUUCUCUUUGUCAAACUUGUGUUUUUUACAUGUGCCACAGCGUGACUGAAACACUUACAGUAUGUUGUUGUUAGUUGAAGUUGUUAUAUUGGCAGAAAAGAUCGAUAGUAGUUGACAUAGUGCGUAUGAAGAGGUGGAAUGAAGCUGUUCAUGAGACAUUAAUAGUUCUUGUCCAGCAUUAGCUGAUCUGGGGAGGUUAGAUUAAAAACACGCCACUUUCACUCUGUUAACAUAUGUAGCUGUGUUGGUUAAUGGGCCUAGAAAUUGGCCAUUGGUUGUUAGCUUCAUACUUACUUCACAGUGCAGUGAGGAGGGAAUAGAGUUUAUAUUGCACUAAUGUAAAGCUAUGGUAGAUUACGUUUUAGCUGAGCCUCUCUUUUGGUUCAUCAUAAUGAAGCAGGAUUUGUCUGUGGUGAGUUUCAUAGCUCAGUGACUAAGAUAAUCAGUAAGAUAAUUUAGUAAUAAAAAGCUAAGUUUUAGUAGUUGUCAAAUUUAAUUCCAUGUGUGAUUUUUGUUCAUUGACUAUAUUAACAUCUGAUGUCAAUCUUAUGUCCUAUUAACUGUCAUUUUUAACAUUUCUUCAUAAUAUGCACAAUUGUAUUUUUAAGACUUGAGUUCUUGAUUUUCACAUUCAUCACAAUUAUUUUCAAAAGAGGUAAAAACAUUAUACAGUGGAAUAUAAUGGGACUAAAUAGGAGUUCCCCAAAAGGUGAGGUUAGGUGGUUUAUUAGCUGAAGUGCUACCUCGAAAAACGUUAAAGGGGGGAUAUCAUGCUUUUUUUUCCAGACUCAAUAUUUCCUCUCUGAUACCUCUUUAAUAGCUUUACAUGAUUUUCAGAUAAAAAAGCUUCAAAUUUCUCACAGUGGUGUAUUGAAAUAUCAUUAUUUCAGCCUCUGUGUGAAACGCUUCAUUUAGCUGCUGUCUCUUUAAGGCCUCCCCCUUCUACAAGCCUACUUUCUUCUGAUUGGCCGCCUCUCCAAAGACUUUCCGGAAGGCAGAGCUUGAUGUUUUGGCCCCUCUGCAAUAUUUUUUUGUAGGAUGGUAGGGGAAAGUCUCGCCUCCUUCACCUCUGAUUGGCUAGAAAAGCUUGAAACGUCGUCACACGCUCAAGCCAAACGCGGGCCGUCGGCUCUGUACAUCGAACAGAACAUGACAGGACAUUAUCAUACUUCUAAAUCUCCUAACCCUAACCCUAAUCCUAACUCUAAUCCUAACCCUAAACCUUAGCCUAACCCUAACUCUAACCUGACAGACAAUGACGCCUCACAGCCAUAAGGAGUAACCAACCAAUACAAGUCCAGCACUUCUAGCCAAUCAGAGGCGAAGGAGGGCGGGACCGUCCCCUACCAUCGUACAAAGAAAAAAUUCUCGAUUGUGGUCUAUUAGCUGAGCAGCAGAGCACUGUUACUCCCAUAUGGCUUCAUGAUAUAUGUAUAUUAUUAUGUCUAUGGCUACCCCACUCCACUGUAGGUGUCACUUAAAACGCUGGUGAAUUCAGGCCGUUCUGUAUUGCCGGAAGCACAUGAACCAAUAAGGAGAGUCUAUAAUUCUUACGUCACCCAGUAAGAAAUACUCGCACUUGAAUACAGUCUCACAUUCUCACGCGUUUGUCCGAGAUUUGAGCAGUUUACAUCUACUUUUCAGAUUAUGACAAAAAUUUACCUUUUGAUGUGAAACUUUGCAUAAAUGUAGUAUGGACACCAAACUUUGUAAUUUUGCGGUUUCUCUCUAAAUUUGGAGAAGCAUAAUAACCCCCCUUAAAAAAAAAAAAAAAAAGAUAGCCUACAGCACCUGCCUUUCACUUACAUUUUGAUAAUGCAUCAUUAUUAACCUCCAUGUACAUAGAACAUGCACCAAGGUGGUCAGUAGUGAUCAAUGGUGUCAGUUUUGCAACCAAUUGGCCCAACCAAGUGUCGCACUAACCAUCCUGUUCUUCCUGUCAGCUUCCUUCUUGUCGUUUCCGGUUCGUGUCUUGGCAUUGCCUGGAGCAGUGUGAUGUUACAGGUGACCAGCUGACCUGCCCCCGGGUCAGAGAAGGUCUGUAUCACGCUAUAAUUAAAUCAAAACUGCAACCUUUUGGAUUUUGUAAAACGGGAAUGUAAGCACAGUAAAGUCCUGCGUUCUCUGUUACUUUACUUCACUGACACAGAGAUGUGAUAAAUGCACUUGCUGUGGUAUAUUAUACAAUAUGAUGAGAUUAUUUUGCUUAAAUUCCAUGUGAGUGCUUUCAUAAAUGUUUUGGUUUUGACAAUUUCUUAAAAAAGGGCCAACAGAAGAGGAGCUGUUUGAAAGAGAGGGGGAUAAUAUCUGUUUGGAGCAGGGUAGAAAAAGAAAAGAGGAAGGAAGACAGAGAUGGGAGGAGAGGCUUCAAGAGAAUUGGGAAAACUGUCUGGUAAGUUUGCAAGAUUUGUGCUUGGGUAACUUAAACAUGUAGAUGUAAAAAGGAGAUGGAUAACUGCAGCUUAAGAGCAAAAGUAAAAAUGAGAAAUAGGGAAAGAGAGAGAUGGAGAUCCUAACCUGUCUCGCACCUGUCUUCUUCCAGGAGUUGAAUCUAUCCUAUCAAAACUUAGGUGACCCCUUUCAGCAGGAGAAUUUCCUCCGGAUCCUCCGUCGAUUAAUUCGUGUGGAGAAACUACAACUGGUUGACAACUCUCUCACCAACCUGAGUUCUGUACGUCUGCCAAGGUACAAACCUCAUUUCCCAGACUGCAUCACAGCUGCCUAAGCUGUCGGAAAACAACAAUUAAAUCUUCUCUGCAGAUUGAUCUGUAUUCUUUGUUCUUCUCUUGUUUUCCUGUUCCUUAAUCGUGCUUUUAAAGAAACCAUAACCACAAGAGAAAGCUUCACCGUAUUUCUGCUUCCACUGGGCAGGUGUCGAAUGCUAAACCUUCAGCGUAACCGCCUGGUUUGUCUGCGUCAGCUGCCAAAGCUCCCAGCCAUUGAGCACCUCUGUCUGUCUGAAAAUGCCAUCAGGUCCUUGGGGGGACUAGCUUCUCUGGCACACGGUCCUCUCCGCUCCCUUAACCUCAUUCACAACCCAGUGACCUUCACUCAGGACUACCGUGCACAGUGAGUACAGGAAGAAGGUCAAUCCGAGCAAAAAAAGGAAAAUGGUAAAUUAAAAAAGUAAAGGCUGAUAUAAGGUCAGUUUCACUAAAAGUCUUGUUUUUUUCCUUCUGUGGCCUUUUCUGUGCAGAGUUUUCCUCUGUUUGCCAAAGCUGGAGGUCCUGGAUGGAAUCCCCAAACUGCCAGAAGACUGUCUACCUACUAGGCCACAAUUAUCAGACACAACCAGGAUAUGCAACAUUUUGUGACCACUGCCCCGGAGAUAUCUGUCGAAACUGACUUGUUACCCCAAAUCUCUCCCUACACUUGAAGAUUUGUGCAAAAUUUUACUGAACUGUACAAAGGUCCAGAGGGCUGUUCAGAGGAAAACUGACAACCGUCACAGCUGUUUUUAGGCCCCAAAGACAGUGAUGUUACAGGAAAUUCAACAGUCAGUAAGUUUACAUGACACCCGAGAAAACCAAAUCAUUGCCUUACUCCAAUUAAGACCAGACAACUGAAGAGCAAGUAAACACCUUAGUCCGAACUCAGAUUGGAGUCAGAGAACUUCGAUUAACACACCCAGAUAAUGCGAUUGGAAUUCGAUUUUCUCUAUAAUGUAUGAUUUUGGAGUAUGAUUGGACAAUCCAUGUGCGUGUGCACCACGCCCCUGUAACCCCAGAACAAAAACACCAGAGAAAAGGAGUAGAGUGCACCUCAUCUGCAGAAAAAGUAGCAUGUACAUCAUGUACGACAAAAACAACUCUGUACGAUGCUCUAUCUUCAUGCUCGAAAAUGCUCAUCAGAAGUUGAAGCCACUUCUGACGCCUGGUACCGACCUGCUGUUGUUGUCGACAGUUGUAUGGGAUCAACCAGAAACAGCGCCGCUGAAAA